GAAGUCAGAGCAGCAGAGACUUGUACUGGUGUAGAGGAAGGAGAUCUGUAAGAAGCAUUACAGCAUCAGCAGUCUGCGUGUGUGUGUGUGUGUGUAUAGUCUUGCAUGCGUUUACCAGCGAAAAUUACAGCAAUGGAUGCGCCACUCACCGCCGCAUACCCAUCCUUAGACCGGGGGACGGGGAGAUAAAUUAACGGGUUUAUUUUGUAUUAUGGUUUUGUACUUCUGAUUUAAAAAAAAAAUCGCUUUCUUUUUAUUUAUUUAUUUAUUUAUUACAAAUACAAAAGCUGGGCAGACAGCAAUGGUUGCUCCGCAGCGAUCCCAAUUGCCAGCCUCAUUCCAAGGGAUUCGAGCAUAGGAAACCCAGAGGAGGAACCGGGUGGUCUCAUUUUUUGGGGGAAAACGAAAAUAUAAAUCACAAGUGUGCAAUCUGCUGUAUAUAGGAAGGUUCGAAAGGAAGACGGGACUUUUAAUAUAGCGGUUUUUUUUCUUGUUUUUUUGUAACACAGAUUCAUGAUAAUGAACUCGUUGCAUUUCGCCGAGUUGUCUCAAGCAUCUGGGUUCUCCGUGGUCCCAGUAGCCGGGUCUGCGAGCAGGGGUGCGCGCCCGGCGGUCACCACUGAGCUGCGAAACGACUUGGGCUCCAACAUCCAUGUUCUGAAGACAUUAAACGUGCGGUUCCGCUGCUUUCUAGCCAAAGUGCACGAAUUGGAGAGAAGGAACAAGCUGCUUGAAACACAACUGCAGGAAGCCCUCCUCCAGAAGUCCCGCUACCGACCCUUUUACACCCGGAACCAAGCGGUCCAGACCGACUUUUCGUCUUCGGAACCACCGCCCCCUGGGCUCUACCACCACUCUCGGCUGCCCGGUAACAUCUGGAGCUUCACCCACGUUCGCAAGCAAGGGGAGCGGUUCGAGACGUUGCAGGGACCCGGGGUGACGUGGACGCAUCCGGACGGGGUAGGGGUACAAAUCGACACCAUCACCCCAGAAAUUCGGGCGCUUUACAACGUGCUGGCCAAAGUCAAACGAGAGAGGGACGAGUACAGACGAAGAUGGGAGGAGGAGGUAGGCAGAAGACAGGAGGUGGAAGCCAUGGUGGAGACACUGCAGGAGAAUGCACAGGAGUCCGAAGUCAUUCAAGAGGAGCUGAAUGAUAAAGUGGAGCGGCUAAAGGCAGAAGUGGUGGUCUUCAGAAGCCUCAUGACCGACGGUAUCAAGAGGCUGCCAUGGGCUGCCCAGAGUCCCGGUUUAAAGCUGAUUGAACGUAGCUGGAAACAUCUUGACAUGAAACAAAUGUCUGACCUGGACACAAAGAUCCAUGAGAAGGCGAUGAAGGUGGACAUGGAUAUCUGCAGGAGGAUUGACAUCACGGCCAAGCUGUGCGAUGUGGCGCAACAGAGGAACUCUGAGGACAUGUCCACAAUGUUCCAGCUGAACCCACAGAGAGCCCAGUCCGAGCAGAACAGGGCAGUGGUGUGCAAGAGGAAGGCGCGCAAGCCGGUUUCAGACGAGGAGAGCUCCGAGAUGGAAGCAGAAAGCGCCUGUAACUCCGACGACGAGGUCCCCGGAUCUCUGAACAUCACGGACGAGAUGAAGCGCAUGCUGAACAAGCUGCGGGAGACGUAUGACUUUGAGGAUGACGACGACUGUGACAGUCUGAUCUGGGAAGAGAACGAGGAAACCCUGCUGCUGUGGGAGGAUUUCGCCAACUAUAACACUCCGGCUGCUAUCGGCCCCUCUGCUUGCGCCAAUGCCAACACCGAGGCUCAGGGAGAGGAAGAAAGUUUGGGAAGUCUGAUUGAUCAAACAGAAUCCCUGUUCAAAACCAGAGAGCAGGAGUAUCAAGAAUCAAUAGGCCAGAUCGAGCUGGAGCUCGCCACAGCCAAGAGCGACAUGAACCGGCACCUGCACGAGUACAUGGAGAUGUGCAGCAUGAAGAGGGGGCUGGACGUGCAGAUGGAGACCUGCAGGAGACUCAUCAAGGGCUCUGGCGGCAGAAACUCUCCAUCUGCUAGUUCGGUGGCCAGCAGCGACUCAGGGAACACAGAUGAAAUCCAGGAUGAACUGGAGAAGGAUGGAGAAGGGGAAAGCUCCACCAGUUGAUGAAGAAUGGAACUGUGGACAAAAUUUACAUUAAUAAGAAAAAAAAAAAGAAGACUUUAAUCCAUCUUUUCACUGGUGACCCUGCUUUUGUCCAGGGUUCUGAAGACCUCCUUAAACUAGAACCCUCUCCCUGUUCCACCCCCACCCAAAAGGAUUGGUGCUGUACAUUUCUAUUCUUGUACAAAAUUAUUAAUAUCCUGCUUCAAGAGUGUAUAUAAAAAAAAAUAAAUAAAUAAAUGUAGUAUUAAGCUGUACCCCUUUCCUUAAGCACUGCAGGUCCAGCACAUCCCAGACUGGCUUACAGGUUGUCAGGUUGUGCAUAAUUAAGAGCAAGGUACCACUGGGGCUAAAGACUAUACAGUACGUAUAGCAAUGUGCAUAUGUAUCACAGUAUAUGUGUCCCAAUUUGCCUACUUGUGUGCUGCAUAAUAAGAUCCUAAAGGUAAUUUUUAAUGCUGGACCAUUUAGUUAAAAAGGCAAAAAUUGUGUGAGGUAGGGAGAGUGUGUAUCGGUACGAACUAUAAAACACUCUUCUUCAUUCAAGAACCGUUUGCUCUUGCUUUUGCUCUUGUAUCUCGAUACAAACGAUGCAUACUUCUGUUACGAUAUACAUCACGUACGUAUCACUGUUCACUGAUUGCCAGAGAAACUGUUACACUCCUACUGAUAAGUAGUCCGGUUACACGGGGGAUUGUGUGCAGCUUUAUAGCACAGUGAAAACCGGAUCACUUUGCUGUGUGAAAUACGCAGGCUGCUCACUGCACUCUUAACAUGCUAGAAAGAUGGAACUUGGUUGUGUUGACAAUAGACAAAACCUACCUACCCAGGUCUGCAGUGCUCAAGGAUCUCCACACAGCCGAUGCAGAGUAACACAGUGUUAAACUACUAUGCAAUAAGCUAGCCUUAUUUAUGGAGAGAACUUUUUGCCUUUCUUUUGCUAGGCAGGAACUUCUGGAUGUGUCAGUGAAAAGAACGCUUCGAUCUGUUUUACAAGUGCAAAGCAAAACAAGGGAGCCUUACCUUUUGUGUAAAGCUGCCUUUUAUAAAAGGAACGGUGUCCUCAAGACUAUUUCUUUAUCGAGAGGGAAGGUGAGCAAAACCAUAAUUCGGAGAGAACAGUGUGUAGGAACUUUGUAAUCGCCAUGAUACUGAGAGAAACAUAACCGGAACCCAUGGGUCAAUGCAUUACCAAAAUGUAUUAAAUCUGAACGCUAAAACACAUGCGUACUAGUAUGUUAUUGGAGAUCUAUGUAGGCUACCUGCCGUUUUUGUUUUCUACAGUGCACUUCGAUUAAGUAUGGAUACAGUACUUGUACAAAGACGGUAUUUGACAAUCAGUUUCCAUGUUACCAGUUCAAUUCACUUCACCCAGUUAGGGGAGGGACUGGAGUGUGGUUUCAGCCGAGGGGCUGCUGUGAUUGGAUGCAUUUUCUCAUGUCGCUGAAUCCUUCUGAGCUCUUCAGCUUGCUGAUUUAAAGCCCCUAGGUGGACCAGUGAUAGUCAGUCUUGUUUCGAGGGGGGAGGGGGUUGCUUCCUGCGUUGUUUUAUACAUGUCCCUCAAAGAAAUGAAUGCCAAAUGGUACGCCGUUCCUUUUGAAUGCUUUUACUUCAAAUAAACUCUUAAAGCCAUUUCUUGUAUAUAGAGAUCUAAUUAGUGUUUUUUUUUUUUU